AGGCGACUAGACGCAGCGCAUCCGACAGAAACAAUGGAGGCCGCAAUCUUGACUUUGGUCAGCCAGUUCAAGGCGUAUGCAGGAAACGACGGCGCCGCCAACACUUUGAGCAAAGACGAGUUCCACAGCCUGCUCACCUCUCAGCUGCCCAACUAUGUCAAGGACUCCGGAGCGCCCGACUUCGUGGGCCGCCUCAUGUCCUCCCUGGACGAGAACGACGACGGCGAGCUGACCUUUGCCGAGUUCUGGCAGCUGAUCGGGAAGCUGGCGAGCAAGCAGGGCGGCUUCAGUCCGUCGUAGAGACGAUGUGGCUAAUUACUCGGGGCCGGCAUUUGCUGAUUGCAGCUCAGCUGAAUUAAAGUCUUCAUUGUC